CCCCUCUCUCCCCUACCUGUGAGUCAUGUGCAAGAUCCCCACCCGGCCGCGGGUUAUCGUCCCGCAGGGCAGCCUCCCAGCCUACUACAACAGCAAUGGCAUGCCCAUCUCCUUCGGUGGCAGCUACAACGGCAACGGCCAUUCCGGUCACGAUGUCGACCUCUCGACCCUCGAGCAGUGGGCCUCCCAGCACAAUGGCCCCGCCGGCGAUGGCGAGGACGAUGGGUCCCAGGGCGCGGGGUUUCCCCACCCCAACUCGGUCAUGUCGCAAGGCCCCAGCGCCGAGGAUGACCUGCGUCAUCUGCAUAACCGUGCGCCGCCCUCCCUGCGUGAGAUCUCGGCCAUGGUUAGCUCCUCUGGCCUGAACGCCACCGAGGACUUCUCCGCCUACCACCAUCCCCAUCUGCCGCACUCCCAUGGGGCCGAUCAGCGCCUCGAGUUCGUCCCCUACAUGGACGCCGAGCAUGCUCCUGUCAAUGCCCUCAGCAGCAGUGACAGCUCGAGCAACCUCUAUUUCGCCGGUCCCAGCGCCCCGAUCAAUGCCGCCGGGCCCUUCGCCUCUGACGGGAACGCGGUCUACGCCGGCACCACCGCCCCUGGGUCCUCCUCUUCCAGCGCCGCCGCCGCCGCCGCCGAGGCGACGGCCCACAUGGCUUCUUUUGCUCCGGCCAAUGCCCGGCCAUACCCCUCGAUGCUGAGCGCCAACGGCGCCCACUUUGCCGAAGCCCCGGCCCCUGCCCCGGGCCUCGGCCCGGUCACGGCGACGUAUGCGCAGUUCCGCCACCCGGCCUCCCAGGCCCCGGGCGGGUCCUCCUCUUCCGGCAAUUCGUCCCCCUCUUCGGUGUCUCCGAUUUCCUCGCCUUCCAACCUUGCCGCGGCCUUCGAUUCCGCCGGUACCCCGGUCGGGCCGCUGGUGUCCUCCACCGGUUCGGCGAUCGGGUCGUCCUCCCCGCAUGGCGGGGCCAACUUCGUGGACGAGGGCCGCUUCCAGCAGAUGCUCUCCCUCGGGCCGGAGUCCUCCAAUGCCGGGGUCUUUGCCCAUGGCGGGUCUUCUUCCGGGGCUUCCUCAUCUUCGGCCACCCCGGUGGCCUCCUCCUCGCAGCAGUCCCCCCCGGGUCCGGGCAUGCACCGGUCCGGCAUCGACACCCCCCUGCACCAUGCCACCUCCACUGGCCACAUCAAGCAGGAGUAUGGCCCCGGCCCGGUUGUUGCCGGCCAGGCGCAGCAGUCGCACCUGCUGGCCACCACCGGGGAGACUGUCGCCCCCGGCACUUCUUCGGCUGACAACUUCAAGGGCUUCUACCUGGAGCAGCCGCAGUCGCAGCAGCCGCAGGAUCACUCGGCACACCGGCGCUCGAGCACCGAUGGGAUGGUCCUCCCCUCGGAGGACUUCUCCUCCGGGCCCUUUGCCAAGACCCCGCGUGCCAAGUCCCCUGGGGCCACUGGCAGUGCCUCGCGCCGGGGGUCCGUCACGGCGGCCAAGAUGACCACUCGCAUGCCGGGCCGCUAUCACCCGGUGCCGGUUGGCCCGACGGUCGCCGCGGCCGAUGUCCUUUUCUCCUCGGCCGCCACCCUGGCCAAGCCCUUCGGUGCCCCGGCCGGCGGCAUGCUGCUGCCGGCGGUCAACCCGGCUGCUGGUGUCUUCCCCCCGAUGGACAUGACCCAGAUGAUGGCGGCCGGGCCUGGGGCUGCUGCGGCUGUCGCGGCGGCGGCUGCUGCUGCUGCUGCUGCUGCUGCUGCCACCACCACCGGUGCCGGCCCCACCGCCGGUGCCGCCGCCGCCGCCGCCGCCGCCACCACCACCACUACCAUUCCUUUCAACAGUCUCAACUCUUCGGGGUUCAUUCGCGCGGUGCCGGCGGCGGCGCUCUUCCCCCCGGCGGCGGCGGCCACUCUGCUGCCGAUCCUGCGCGGCCCGUUGGUUGAUCAUCAGACGGACUCCCUGGCUGACCUGUCCCCGGGACAUGCCCAAGCCACGGCCAAGGCGCGAGUCCUGGCGUCGGCCACGGCCGAGGCUACGGCCUCUGCCGCGGCCAAGGUCGCGGCCAAGGUGGCCCUCGAGACGGGCGGGCGGGCUCGCGCUCGCGCCAGCACUGCCACCCGGUCGCGGUCCGCCUCGCCGGCCGUCGACGGUGGCAAGUCCACUUCCAGCAAGUCCCCCUCGCCGGCGGGCAGCAACACAGACAAGGCCACCGACGAGGGGUCUUCCUCUUCUUCCUCUUCGUCUCCCGGCCCCUCGGGAGCCGGGGCCAAGUCCGCCAACAGCGCCACCGGCAGCGGCGGGGCCUCGCAAAAGCGCCCCGCCGCCGGGCAGGACUCCAGCUCGGAUGCCAAGCGCGCGCGCAAUCGCCUGGCCGCCGAGAAGUACCGCCACAAGGGCCGGCACCUGGUCACCCAUCUGACCGACCGUUGUGCAUCGCUCAUUUGCGACAAGGACAACCUCAUGAAGAAGGUCGACGCCCUGGAGGCCGACAAUCAGCACCUGCGCAACAUCAUCACCUCGCUGAUGGGCUUCUCGACCGGGGCCGGGUCCGCCGGGCAGUCCAUCCCGGUGGUGAUGCUCCCGCCGCAGGGCAGCUUCGUGGACCCGACCACCGGUGGUGGUCCGGGCCCGGCGACGGUGGUUGUUCCCCAGCCCGGCUCUGCGGCGGCCACCGUGGCGGCCCUGCAGCAGCAGUUUGUUUCUGCCCCGGUGGUCACUGGCCCCGGUGGUGCUUUCUCACACGCGGAGGUUGGCCCGGUGGCCGGCCUGCCUGGCGUCCAUAACGCCGGUGCCUACUACGCCGCUCCCGGGGGCGGGAUCCCGCAGCCGCAGUCGCAGCCGCAGCCGCAGCAGCAGCUGGACUAUGCGGCCAUGAUGCCGCGUCACCAUCACCACCACCUCCCGGAGGUGGCUACCGAUGGGGCUCUCCUCGCUGCCUCCUCGUCCCCGCGCUUCAUGUACUACAAGUAG